AUGUUGUUAAGUAAUUUGGUGCACGUCGGUCUUUUACUCGGCCCAGGCGUGAAUGGUGCUCCCGUUCAAGAGAAACAAGAAAAACAAGAAGUGGUAAACUUGGGAAGAAACUUUGACCUCACGAUAUACACAAACAAUGUCAGAUACCCAGCACCGUACUUGAAAAGAAAAGAAUUCGAGCUUCCAUGGGAAGACAGAAAAUCGGGUGUGAUUCAAACAAUCAUUUCAAACACCAAAAACGGCCCGCUGUUGGUUGGGUUACAAGAAACCAAGUACCAGCCGUUAAAGGAUGUGCUUCGCGGGUUGAAUGCAGGCACUACUGGUGACUGGGUUCAUUUCGGUGUUGGAAGAGACGACGGUAAAAAGAAGGGAGAAUAUGCUCCCGUGUUGUACGACUCCAACGAGUGGAAGUUGUUGAAUGGUACCACGAGGUGGUUGAGUAAAACUCCCUUGGAGCCAUCAAAAUACCCAACUGCUGGCUCGAUAAGAAUCGUGACUUUGACCACCUUGGAGCAUAGAAAGACUUCUGAACGCGUCAAUUUCAUCAAUACUCAUUUAGAUGACCGGUCCGAGGAAGCGCGCGAUUAUGGAGUCAGAUUGAUCGACAGCUAUAUCCAGCAGAUUCCAAACUCGUACCCCGUGUUUUUGAGCGGAGAUUUCAACAGUGUAGCUACAGACCCCGCGUACAAACUUGCCGCUUCAGCACUCAGCGACUCGUCGUCUGUAGCAAGCAAGGAUAUCAACGCCAAUUUACCUUCAUUUUCAGGUUUCGCUAAUGCCAGUGGAACCACAAUUGACUUCAUCUUUAGCAAACCGGGUAUCAAUUCCACCACGCAAAUCGAUGUGAUUAACCAUGAAGUUAUCGACAACUUAUUUGACUAUGGCCAUAGAUUCAGUGAUCACAGACCGGUUCUUGCCAGUUUCUCCUUGAUUCAUUAA